ACGCCAAACCUUGAACAUCCAUUCGCCACACGCUAAUCAAGCUAGCCGCUGGUCCGCGCUCAAGCCCGCGGCGCGUGUACGGACUUAGUCGGUGUACCUUCACACCCGCUGUACUGCAGGAACAGUAUAUACUACCUGCAGUGUCAGCUGGUGGACAUUUCUAACUGGAACCGCACUUCCCCGGGUGGUGCAGCGGGGACUAACGUGUCGUGUAAUGGCAGAGACGCGGAGGUCAGACGAGCGGUGGGCUGUCAUCGAUAGUGUCCCACCGACGCUUUGACAGCCGUCUGUUGAUACCCCAGCGCCGAUCGACUAAUAUUGUAAUCAUGCCUGGGAAACUGAAAGCCAAGAUUGUGGCAGGGCGUCACUUGCCUGUGAUGGACCGAGCCAGUGAUCUUACUGAUGCUUUUGUAGAGGUUAAGUUUGGAAACACAACGUUCAAAACAGAUGUAUGUCCAAAAUCCCUCAAUCCACAGUGGAACUCGGAAUGGUUCAAAUUUGAGGUCGAUGAUGAGGACUUGCAGGAUGAGCCAUUGCAGAUCACAGUGUUGGACCAUGACACAUACAGUGCUAAUGAUGCCAUAGGGAAAGUUUACAUUGACAUUGACCCGCUACUGUGCAAUGAGGCCGCCUCUGUCAUCUCUGGCUGGUUUCCCAUCUAUGACACCAUCCACGGAAUUCGAGGGGAGAUCAACGUCCUCGUCAAAGUGGAGCUCUUCAAUGAUCUGAACCGCUUCAGACAGUCCUCCUGCGGGGUUAAGUUCUUCUGCACCACAGCCAUUCCACGGUGCUACCGAGUGGCGAUGGUGCACGGCUUUGUGGAGGAACUUGUAGUGAAUGAAGAUCCAGAAUACCAGUGGAUCGACCGCAUUAGAACUCCUCGUGCCUCCAAUGAGGCUCGUCAGAGGCUCAUCUCUCUUAUGUCUGGAGAGCUGCAGAGGAAGAUAGGGCUCAAGGUACUGGAGAUGGGCGGGAAUGCAGUGGUGGGCUAUUUGCAGUGUUUCGAUCUGGAGGGAGAGUCGGGCCUGGUGGUCCGGGCCAUAGGCACUGGCUGCACACUGGACAAACUCAGCUCUGGAAGUGCCCCGAACACCAACACACACGUGCACCCAAACACAGCCCCUGCUUCCAAUGCCUGCAAUUCCCCUUCUAAGGAUGGAAAGGAGCCGGUAUUUGCUGAGGAUCUGCCCUCGUUCUCCGGCCCGCCUACCCCUUUCAGAGCCCUCCCCACCUCCUCCUCCUCUCCUCCCCCCUUCUCUCCAUCCAAGCCAUGCAGCCGCCAGUCCUCAUCAUCAGACACAGACCUCAGUUUGACGCCCAAGACGGUGGAGAUCCAGACUGUGAGAUGCAGGCCUGGGAUCUUCCUCUGCCCCAGCUCCCCAACCCUCUCCACAGCCAGUCUGUCCCUUCCUGGUUCUGGCUCAGUGGGCUGCAGUCUUGGCUAUGCCCCCAGAGCCAACACCUCGCCCCUUAUCUCCUCCAUCCAAUCAGACACUACUUUGCUGAGAAAGAGCGUGUCCUUCACGGAGGACCUGCUGCGGGCAACCUCUGGUAUGGGCAGUGGGGGCAGCGCCGGGAAGGAGGCGGGGCCUCUGAAGACCCUUCUCAGACAACAGACGCAGACAGCUCUUGAACAGAGGCAGGAGUUCCCAUUCUUCACUUUGACAUCUUUCCCACCCGGUUUUCUGGUCCAUGUCGGCGGAGUGGUCAGCGCUCGCUCUGUCAAACUACUCGACCGAAUACACAACCCCGCCUUGGGUAACACGCGCUCAUACAAACUGCUAGACUGGAAUAGUAUCACUGCAGAUGAGCCAGAGACUCGAGACGCCUGGUGGGAGGAGAUUCGCCAGGAGAUCAAAUCUCAUGCCAAAGCUCUUGGUUGCCAUGCUGUCGUGGGCUACAGCGAGCGCACUAGCAUUUGUGAGGAGGUGUGUAUCCUGUCAGCAUCAGGCACAGCAGUCAUCCUGAAUCCUAGAUACAUGCGUGAAGGCUGCCUUGACACCGGAAACACCGAACCCAGGUUUGAUGAACCAUCUCCCCCGAGCUGUGGUUUCUGUCACAUCCCAUAUGACGAGCUCAACAUGCCAUUUCCUGCCCAGCUCACAUACUGUUACGGCUGCAGACGGCAAAAGGUUCCUGAUGUGCUUUUCACAACAAUCGACAUGCCAUCUGAAGCAGCGGUCACAGGGAAGGGCUGCCUCAUCCAGGCCAGACUGUGUCGUUUGAAGAAGAAAGCCCAGGGUGAAGUGAAUGCGACGGCCAUCUCCAACCUGCUGCCUUUUAUGGAAUACGAGUUGCACACUCAGCUGAUGAACAAACUGAAGCUGCGGAGCAUGAACGCUCUUUUUGGCCUACACAUACAGAUCAGCGUCGGCGAGAACAUGCUCCUGGGUCUGGCUUCUGCUACAGGAGUGUACCUCACAGCUUUGCCGGCACCAGGGGGAGUUCAGAUUGCAGGGAAGACCCCUGGCGACCUGAGCAAUGAGCACCACAUCCUCACCAUCCAGAAAAGGAUCAACGACACUAUCGCCAAGAAUAAAGAGCUUUAUCAAAUUAACCCUCCGAAAUUAUUUGCCCUGGACCCUGAAGUGUUCGGCGGCAUAAACAUGGAACUGACGGAGGAAGUGGUGGGUUCUCCGAUCCCAGAGCCGAGGCAACGAUCUAGACUUUUUCGCUCGCACUCGGAGAGCUCCGAUGAACUGUCAGAACUGGAUCUCUCCCAUGGCAAGAAGGAUGCCUUUGUCCUGGAGAUUGAUGACACUGAUGCUGUGGAGGACAUCCACUCCCUCCUCACUGAUGCCAGUCCCCCGUCAGGUUUCUACAGCUGCAACACUGAGAUCAUGCCUGGGGUUUUUAACUGGACUUCAGGAGUGCAGAUGUUUACAUCAGUGAGGGUCUUUAGGUUGAGUAAUGCCAAUCUCACUAACCAAGGCUUGAACAAGAUCUUCACUGACCUAUGUGAGAAUCUGCUAAAGAGUUUUUACUUCAAGUUACGUUCCAUGAUCCCCUGCUGUCUCUGUCAUCUCAACUUCACUGUAGCAGUGCCAGAAGAAGAACUCAUACAGGUCGCAGUGACGGCAGUUGCCAUGACGUACGACAGGGAACAGACGUUGGAGAAGCCAGCAGACAAGACUAUUACCAAAGGAUGCAUCGAGGGUGAAGAGCAGCUCCAGUUUCCCAUGGAGUUGUGCGCAGACUCAUCAGCCUUCAACGCUCAGCCAUCAUCCAAAAUCCCAGGUACAGUCUCUUUACUCACCCCAGUUGCAAAACUCUGCCAAAAUCAGCUGGUUGUGGUUCGUCCAGCAGGUGUCCCAGAGAGCACCAACGUCUCACCCCGAGCUGCCUCCGUUGAUUACGGUUCCUUUGCAGACAGAUGCAGCACCUGGCUAGAGCUGAUUAGGCUGAAAGCUCACACCAUAAGACGAGGAUCAAUUAAGACAAGUAGGAGGACACAGUCUCUAGCACACUCUGUCUCAUCUUUGGAGCGUAGCAGUCCGUUGCCUGAGGGACGCUCCCGCUCGCUGCGCUCCAACCGCUCAUUUGGAGGCAGCUCAGUCACUGUGGUGAAGAUGACGCCGCUCUCCUUCCUCCCCGGGACACGCAUCAUUAAAUAUCUUGGGAUCAUCAACAUGUUUUUUAUCAGAGAGACGACAUCAUUACGGGAGGAAGGUGGUGUUAGUGGCUUCCUGCACUCGUUCAUAGCAGAGGUGUUUGCGAUGGUUCGAGCUCAUGUUGCAGCCCUGGGAGGUAACGCAGUCGUGUCCUACAGCAUGAAAGAGUGUGUGUUGAUGGAAAAUCCAAACAAGAACCAGGCUCAGUGCCUCGUCAAUGUUAGUGGCGAUGCCGUCAUCUGUGUCAUUGAAACAGACCAGGAGCCCAUGCCCUCAGCAGUAGGUACCAGACAGACCUGUAGUAGCGGAGCUGAUGGGGCUACAUGACACUGAAACGCCGCGCCUCCCUGAGCCUGCAGGACACACAAUCUGAGUGAACACAACCGUCCAAAUGAGUCACUUAUGUCUGCCUUAAAUCUCUGUACAACAUCCAAGGUUUGGCCACCAGUAACAAAGAGCAAGUAUUCCCACACUCAAAAACAUUCAGUCUGUAUUAAAAAAGGAGUGUAGGAUACUUCUCUUCAUGUUUUAUUUGUUUAAGGAGAUCAUUUGUACAGGUGAUCAGAGAGUAUUUCAAAACCUUUCGGUUAAACAUCAGCCAAAGGACCCCUCUGCAUCCAAUUUCCACCCAUGUAUUACAGCCGUCCAUAUGGCCCACAGCUACAGUAUAUCGACCCAUUCCUUCUUUCUGUGUGUCGCACGAGUGACAUGAGAGGCAGCUAUGAGUAAUCUGUCCAUCCUCAGAUCACAGGAGUCGAGAAAUGGACUUGCCAAAAGGGACACAGUUGUAAACCAUCCAAAUCAAUAAAACACAGUCAGCCUCUCCCACAGUGUUCGACUCUGUCUCGAGUGACGUCCAGAUCAGAAACCCAUCUGUCCAUUUCUCAAGUGACAGAUUAAGGCUAUGUCCGGCAAAACGAGUAUUUCAAUUUAAAACAAUAGAAAAUAAAACUGCCUGGAAUAUACAUUUUGAAGCUAAUGUCCAAACAAUGAAGGUAAACCUGUGAUGCAGUUUUGAUGUCUAAAUUAGUUUUAUGUCCAAAUCUGAUUUUGUAGAUGGAUAUUCUCUGUAACAGUGUCUGUUGUCAGUCCAAAUUUCUUUAGAAAGUGUCAAAUAAUAAAGCCACAACCUUAUUUCUAUUUCUGGUUUCAAACAGGCCAUGGUUACAGGCAUAAUGUUCCUUUUACAACGGCCAUUACAAUGAAUUUUACUCAGUUUAAUAAAUAAAAACAGUUUGUGUUGCUGAAAAGCUAAUGGCAUUAUGUAUAUGCACUUACAUGUGGGAGACGGUUAUAAAUGAAGCAGACAUGCAGCCUUAGACAAAUACUGUGGCCCUUUGGAGUCGAGCAAUGGCAUUUCAUAGAAUAAAGUCACAAAGUCAUUUUGACUGAAUUACAUCUGUAGCUGUUAGGUUUUCUCACUCUGUGUCAAAUUUUACAUCCUUUACCGAGGCCUGAUGCUUUGGCAUUCCCAAGUCCCAAAUAAAAGUCCUGCUACUGAUCUGUUCUCCUCCGACAUUCACGUCCAAUGCUGGAAAAGAAAGCAUCUCCUUGUGUAGGUGCCACCUGAAAAUAAACUGUGUACAUGUUCUCUAAAAUCAGAUUUUAGUAUUUUUGUAACAUAAGACUAAAGACACCUACUGCUCUCUUUGCUUGUGCAACGAUGUUUUGAAUCACUGUGUCAGAGAAUUAGUGGUACUCUAAUCUGUUCGUGUGAUCAGCAGUUUGUGACCAGCUUCUCAUUUUUGUGUCGAAAACUUGAAUGUACAUAUUUUGGAUGCUUUUGUUUUCUGACUAGCAGCAAGCAGACCCACUUUUUAUUGCCAUGAAUCUGUAUGCUCGCCUGGUAUGUCUUACACAAUAAAGUCAGUCAAACCGA